AUGCUCAAACUAGUCGCUUUUGCCGUUUUAGCCUUAUCGGCUAAUCAGAUUCUUGCCGAAAAGCUCAAUUGCGAGGGUAAAGUGGGAACUUUUCUAGUUAAAGGAUGCAACAAGUUCUAUACUAUGUGCUCAUCUAAUGGAGCUUUCCUCUACGAAUGUCCUUCCGGAUUGAAGUUUGAUUAUCGUCGCCGUCUGUGUGAUUAUACAGAAAACAUUCCUGAAUGCAAACAUGAGAGAAAGUACAGAAACCACGUUUUUGAGGCUUUACCUCUUCUGAAAUGUGAUGAUAGAGAGCCUAAUGUUAACUUUGUUCAUCCAAAGUUUCCUUGUGACAACUAUUACUAUUCAUGCAGUCCAGGAGCUCAAGAACCUGUCCGACAAACAUGUCCUUACAACCAAUUUUUCGAUGAAAGCUUGAACCUUUGCGAUUUCGUAGAAAGAGUUAAAGCUUGUAAGAAGUCAUUGGUAAGCGAAGGAAAAAAGAAACAACAGAAGAGAAAUCAGAAGAUCAGUGGAUAUGCUGAGUUAGACGAUUCUUCUAUCGAUAGUACUCAUGAUAAACCAGUUGCUGACAUUGGAUCCCCAGCUCCACCUCCAAGUCCUUCAAAGCUACCUGCCAUGGAGAUCACUUCAGGAAACGCACCAGGAGCUCCCAACUGCUUGAAAGUAGACACUGGUGUCUACAGAGAUAGCGAAGAGAAAUGCUCUGAGCAGUUCUGGAAAUGUUCCAACAAGAAGUUGUUCCGUUAUAAAUGCCAAGAUGGAUUGUUCUAUGACGCCGAAACCAAGAGAUGCGAUCAUAAGUCUUUCAUCCCAGACUGUGGUGGAGUUAGAGAGGUUACCACUCCUCUUCCUGCUGCUGAUCCUGUAGUUGUAGAAUUCGAUUGUGCCAAAAAGGAAGAUAACUUCUACGUCAAAGAGCCUUGCACUAACGUAUUCUACCAUUGCAAUGGAGGAUUAGCCAGAAAACUCGAUUGUCAACCUGGUCUCGUAUAUGACACUAGAAUCAACGCUUGUGAUUAUCCAGAAGCUUGCAAAAAUGAAAGACCUGUUGCUGCAGCACCAAGUCUUUAUGAUCAUGGGUCUGUCAAGGAACAACCAAAGAAGGAAGAAAAAAUCACUUUUGACUGUUCUUCUUUAGAAGAUGGCCUUUAUGAAGAGAAGAAGUGCACACAAAAAUACAUUCAAUGUGUUUCUGGUCAGCCUCAUCGUAUGAGUUGUGUUCAGGGUCUUGUCUAUAACAAGGAGAGCGGAAACUGUGAUUAUCUUGAGAACUGUUUGACUCCUUCGACUGCAACUGCUGCCCCAGUCAUUGACCAGGGAUUGGAUUCAACCAACUCGUAUGCUCCUCCACCUCCACAUAAUGCUAACCCAAUCAAGAAGAUCUCACCAACAACUACUGAGUCUUCAUAUAUCACUUCAACAACUACUACUACCACCACAACUACUAAAGCCCCUGAGCCUUACGCUAUUCAAAAGCAAUCAGCUGCCGUCCAGAAACCUACUCUCGUAGGAAUUUCUUGUACUAAUCUUGCGGAUGGACCAACAGCUCUCGAACUUUGCUCAGCUGACUACGUCGAAUGCUGGCAAGGAGUAGGAACAUCUCAAAAGUGUCCUGGAGAUCUUAUUUUCAAUACAUACACAGGGCAAUGCGACUACCUUGAUAAUGUUCCUGGUUGUGGAUCUAAGAAGUUACCAGCGGAAUCUCCAAUAGAAAUUACCACUACAACUACUCAAAGACCUGUGGAGGAAAUCGAUGAGUUCUGUAAGACUCUUACAAAUGGUUUCCACGGAGACGGAUGCAAGUCAAUCUUCUACCAUUGCUCUUCUGGGGAGACACACAAGAUGCAAUGCCCAAGCGACCUUUUUUAUGAUAAUGAAGAGAAGUUAUGUGAUCAUAAAGAAAAUGUUGUAGCUUGUGGAGCAAAGCCAAAGACUACUACAACAGCUCCUGAACCUAAGACUUCUGUUUAUGGAUACCCCGAUGCUGCUGCUAGUCAACCAGAACAAACAACAACUACUGCUUCAGCUCCUCAACCUACUCAACCACCUAGAUCUAUUUUCAAUUGUGCCGGAAAGAAGGACGGUCUUUAUGCUCUCCCUACUUGCACCGAUAUCUUCAUCCAAUGCCACAACGAGAAUACUCAUGAGCGUGAAUGCCAAUCGGGACUUUUCUACAACGACGUUAACGGAAUGUGUGAUUACAAAGAGAAUAUUCCAAGCUGUGGCGGAAGCGUUUCCACUGCUGCUCCUAUGACCGCGGCUCCAAUCGCUGAGUCACAACCUGUUGUUGCUGCACCUGGAUACUCUGCUUCUGCUCCCAAUGCGUACGAUUCUCCUGUCGGAGCAACUCCUCCAGCAAAGGUUAAGCCCACUCGACCAGCUCCAGCUCUCAGUUGUAAUGGUAAAGCUGAUGGGUAUUACUCUGCUGGAUGCUCCCCAGAAUACUUUUCAUGUAUAAAUGGAGCCAUGGAAAAACUUGGUUGCCCUCCAGUUCUUCGUUUUUCCGAGGCUACAGGACGUUGCGAUUUCACCGAAUUCGUAUCUGAAUGUGGAGGCUCACCAGCAACUCCAGCCCCAGUUCCAACCACCUCAAGCACACCUGUAGAGCUUGCUGCAGCUCAACAACAAGGACCUUAUCAACCAAUCACGAAACCAGCUCCAGUUCCAACUGCUGAUAGUUGCGUUGGAAAAACAGAUGGUCAAUACUCUCAAGGAUGCUCACAGAACUACUUUACCUGCCUGAAUGGAGCUGCUUUGAAGGUAUCUUGCCCAGAAACUCUCCGUUUCUCUCAGACUCAGUCCAAAUGUGAUUACCCACAAUAUGUCGAAGAGUGUGGAGGCAAAGCCCCAGUUCAACAAACCGUUCCGGUAACUCAAGCUCCUUUGUCUACUUCGAGACCCAUUCGCACAAAGCCUCAAAAACCAAGUUUCACAUGCAUGAAUAAGGCUGAUGGAUUCUAUUCAAAUGGAUGUGAGUCUACCUAUGCUUCCUGCUUAAACGGAAGAACUGGAAUCUUGAAAUGUCCUGGUUCCCUGAAAUUCUCGAGCACUGAAGGGCGAUGCGAUUUCGAAGAGCGUGUACCAGAGUGUGGAGGAACUCCACCCACAGCAUCUCCAGCAGCCGCUGAACCUGUUGCUCCAGUAGCUUCAAUCCAUAGCUGUGUUGGUAAGAUUGAUGGAUAUUAUGCUGUAGGCUGCUCCGAAGAAUAUUUUAGUUGUAACUCUGGAAUGGCUACGACUAUGAACUGUCCAGCCCAUCUUCGUUUCGACCAAGAAUCAUCUUUCUGUGAUUAUCCACUUGCUGUAACUGAAUGUGGUGGAUCCCGCCAAACUUCUGCACAAGCUCCAAUCCAAGCACCCGCAAAACAGAGCCUUGCACCAGCAGUGCCAGACUUCGACUGUAGCCAAAAAUCUGAUGGGUACUACGCAGUUGCCCCGUGCUCUCCUUUCUAUGCUUCAUGCGAAAGCGGAUUGAAAAAGGUUGGACUCUGCCCAUCCCAAUUGAAGUAUAACUCUCUUAACGGUAAAUGCGAGUUUGAUCAUUCAGUUCUUGCUUGCACUGUUGCUCCACCUGCCCCAGUUGCUCCUGCUGCUCCAAUCGCCCCAGUUGCUCCUGUUGUUCCAGCUCCUGCUCAAGCUCAACAACCAGAGUUUUCCUGUGUCGGACGUCCCCUAGGAAAUUACGCUCUCGCAGAAUGCUCACAAGAGUUUGCCCAAUGUACUCCCUACUCCGUAAUGAAGAGAAAGUGCGCAUUCGGUCUCGUUUACAACUCUGCAACUGGAUCUUGCGAUACACCAACAAACGUUAAAGGCUGUGCUAAACUUGCAGCCUCAUUGAACGUAUCCGCUCCACAACUCCAGUUCACAUGCGCUGGCCGUGUUGAUGGACAAUAUGCAGCAUCUCGAUGUGCCUCUUCUUACUUCCGAUGUGAUCAAGAAAAAUCAACUCAGUACAGUUGUGGAACCGGACUGGUCUUUGAUCAGUCUCAAGGAAUAUGUAACUAUCCAUCUUACGUUCAAGGAUGUUAG